AUGAAUACAUCACUAGAUACUUCAAAGAAAUUACAAAAAAAUAACAAUGCAACUGAUGAUAUAAAUUUAAUUAAAAAAAAAAAAUACUUUUAACUUACAAAAUAUAAAAAAUAAUAGUUUCAAUAUGCAAAAAACUAAUAAUUACAAAAUACCUUAUCAAAAUGAUGUAAUUUUACAAAAAAUUCAUAAUUGUGGUAAUAUAAAUAAUACGAUCAUUUUGCACAAUUCAUCUUGUAAAAUAUCGCAUAUUGACUCAAAAACAUCUAUAAUCAUUCAAGAAUCAACUAAUGAAAGUAAAGCAGAAACAAAUCAAAAUAUGAAAUAUUCAGUAACAUCAAAUAAUAAAAGAAAAUGUAAAAGGAAAUUAUUACCUUUGCAUGAAUCUUCACAAUUAUUAUCACUUUCUCCUGUACAAAAUGAAGAAUAUUCAUAUCCUCCAUUUUCAAUAUUUAAAAAAAAACAUAAAAAAAAUAGAAAUGAAAUUAAAAAGAUAGUUAAUAAAAAUAAUACAGAAUGCAUUGAUAAAAAAAAAAAAAAUUAUAAUGGUAAAACACAAAAAAAAACAAAGAAACUAGUUAGUAAAAAAAUUGUUAUUAAAAAAAUUGUUAAUGAAGAUAUUUUAAAAAAAUUAAAAGAAAAUAAAGAAAAUGUUCAUAAAUUAGAAACAACACAUAUUUAUACUUUAGAAAGAAAUUCAUCAAUUGAUUUUCAACCUACAAAAACAUCAUCUGUUGUUCAAUUUGCAAAGAAAAAACAAAUGCACAAAUUGAAUAUUGUUACAACCGGUUUGUCUAAUGAAGAUAAAGAUAUAGUGAGAAAUGUUGUUAGAGCUCUUGGUUCAGCAAAGAUUGAAUUAAAAGUUACAAAAAGUACAACACAUGUAGUAACUACAGGUGUACGUACAAUAAAUCUGUUACAUGGUAUUAUAAGAGGCUGUUGGUUAGUUAAUUUUGAAUGGAUCUUAAAAUCUUUAGAAAACAAUGCAUGGUUAAAUCCAGAAAAAUAUGAAAUGGCACAUUUUUCAAAAGCAGUUUUGGAAAAUCGUAAAGAUAGGCAACUAUUUGGAAAAUCCUAUGUUCCAGAAUUAUUUACUGCUUGUGGAUACAUAUAUGUUGAAAAAAAUACAAUACCACCUUAUAAUGUAUUAAAAGAUCUUAUAAAAGCUGCUGGUGGUUGUAUCACUGAAAAUCCAGAAAUAGCAAAAAUUAUAAUUGGUGUUGAAGGUUUAAAAGAAACUUGGAUUUUAGAUUGUAUCACAUCAGGUGAAUUACAGCCAUAUAAUCAAUACCAACGAUUAUAAAUAUUAAUUUAAAUAUUGAUAUUUUUAAAAUAAUGGAUAUCGAAAGCAAAUAUCAGUUGAUACAUAUAAAUAUAUAUAUAAAUUUAUAUAUCACAUAUAUAAAUAAAAAGAAAUAAAUUGUAAAUAUAAAUAUAUUAUGAUAUAUAUUUAAUAAAUAUAUAUAUAUGAUAAUGUCUAUGAACAUAUAUCCAU